AUGGACCUUAAUUUUUAGAAUAACUCAUUCUUUUAUUAAUGUUUAAGAGGCCCAUCAUCUAACAGAAGAAAUUCAACUCCUCGAAAAAGACAAACAUAACCUUAGGCAACCAUAUAAUUAGACUUAAGUCUAUUAUAUCAAAAUAGCAAUCUAGCUGAUUCUGCUAUUGUUAGUAUAUCAAGAACUAGGAAAUCUCGGGAUGAUUAAUGUGUUUAAACAGUUGAUUUAUUAAAGAAAGAAUUUUAGAAUAGAAAACCAAUGCUAAUGAAUAAAAGUUCUAAUGUUCAUAGAUAAUAUACUUAAAUGAAUGACAUUAAUAAAUAACCUAUAUUAUUGGAUCAUACAAAGGAUCAAUCAGAUGUUAUACUAAAAUAUCUUCCAUAAGGUUAAGCAUUUUUUAAUAAGACAAAUUAAUCAAUUUUAUAGGCUUGGAUACCAACAUUACCUUAAGAUGAAAGGAAAUAAAUAGAAAAGAAUAAAAAAAAUUUUCCAAUUCCUAGAAAUAUUGCAUAUCAUGAAAUUAUUGAUGGAUUAAAUACAUUAUAUGGAUAAGGCAAAAAUAGAAGGUUAUGGCCUGGAGAAGAAGCUUUAUUAAUGGAAACUAUUAGAUUAUACAUAGAAAAGAUACUCUAAAAUCCAAAAUUAUUAAUGCAUAGUGUACAAUUUACAUUAUAAUAAAUUAUUAAAAUAUCAGGAUUGACUGAAAUUGUAAAUUAUAAAUUUUGUAUGCUAUAAUUGGAAUGUCAUUGGAAGAUGAUGAUUACAAGAUUCAGAUAUAGUGGUAAUAAAGAAUUAAAUAAAAAGUCUUGGUAACACUGGCUUGAAUUAGCUUAAUUAAGAGGACAUUUCUUAAAUUUAUAAAGUGAUAAUGUUUUAACUUAAUAUUUAUUAAAACAUCAACAAAUAGAAUGA